UUGAGUUUAAAUUAUCAUUUGAAAUACAACGGAAAUUACAUAAGUUUGUAAUGGCAGCAGGCCUUGCAUGUUGACAGCGUGCGUUACUAGGUAGUGGACUUUAUUCAGUGGGUAACGAUCUUAAACAUCCGGUGUUAGCAGGGUUGUUGUGAAAAUACAUGUUAUAUUCGUGUUAUGUGACCGAAGAAACGUUUGCCGAUAACUUCCGGAAUUAUCCUAGCAGUAGCAUCAUCAUAUAAAGAUGACUUCUUGCGAGAAAAAGAAACCAUCAAAAUUGUGUCGUCGUACAUAUUUUCUGCAAACAGGCACGGCUCCUACAAUUUCCGAAAUGGCCAACGAACUGGGUCCUGAUUUAGCGAGCGUUGUAAUCGGGACCUUACAGCCAAGCCAACAGUCAGCAGUGCAACCGGAUUGCAUAGCCUUGCCGGAUGGAACGUCUCCAUCACACGAAUCUGACACAAUUCGUGGACAGAUACACGAACAUAUACUUCAGAUUGGCGGUAAUAUCUCACACCGUGUGGAUGGCUAUUGGAGACGACGAUUGAAACAAAUUGCCGCAGCUGGUAUCAGUCCGGAUGAGAUGGACUUUUUAAAUUUUGAGUAUAAUCAGAAAAUUAACAUUGCAAGGGACGAAGAGCGUAAGCGUUAUGAGGCGUUAUUGGAAAACAUGGAAAAAAUGCUUAAGCAACAGUUUUGGGAAGAGAAGGGUAAUCUGCAUCGUUCAUACGCCCAAGCUAGACAGGUUUGGGGAGAAUUUGUGUGUCGCAAGGUACGCAAACAGGCCAAGGAUAUGUUGUGCAAGAUUGCCCGCUACUAUCGGGAAAAAUUAAAGCGUGAAGUAACCAGCCGUAUGCAACUGGAAAAGAACCGAAUCAUAAAGGAGAUGGAACAAAUUGUAAAAACCGCCGUAGACCAGCAAAAACGUAUCGACGAUCGAGCUAUCCAAUGGUUGGUGUAUCAGUAUGAAGAGCUUUUAAAAUUUAUUAGUGAAUACAACCAAUGUCUGGACACGGUUGAAAUGACGCGAGAGAUUUGCCGGCUGCAUUUCGGUCAACAAGAAUGUCACUCUACGCAGAUAUCUGCAAAUUCUUUAACAUUUGAAGAUCUGCUGGAUCAGCAAGAGUCGAACGGAACCAGUUAUGUUGUGAAUGAUCUUGAAGAAGACAUUACAAUAGCUUCUACAAGUUUGUCGAAAUAUAAUGUAUUCGUAGUUAAUCAAUGUUUGCCGAUACCAGUGCCUGAGGCGACCGUUUCUGAUGAUGAAGAGAAUGUGUCGACUACAACGGUGGUAGAGCCUUUGUUUGAUCAGUUCGGAUACGAAGAUAGUGAAAGUAUCGGUGAAGCAGACAGCAAUGCGUCUUCACUUGAAAAAAUAGUAAUCGGAGGACUAACAUAUGCCCAGCCUAAAUACUACAAGAAAAUCUAUAACGAUCUCUUUCAUAACGUUGAUAUGAGCUGGGAAAAGAUAAAGCCUUCAGAAACGAGCGAGGAACGAAACAAGGAAAAUUAUUGUGUUCAGGAUAAAAGUUCGAGUGCCAGCAGCGAGCGAACGAAAACAAGUGAUUCUCAAUCCAUUCACAGCGAGCCUAGUUAUCGUGAAAGUUAUGACCCAAUCUUGGAAAUAAACGAAAUACUGGGACUGAAAGAAGACGUGCAACUGUCGGAAGAAACGAUCCUACCGGAGGAGUUUGGUGAAUUGUUUGAUCUUUCUAAAUCUGACGAAGAGAUCGCGCUGGUCGCGGAAAGCUUUGCUGCGCAAUACAUUCGUGCCACUAGCGAUGAUUUUGAAGCAAUGUUUCCAAAAAGUAGUGAUGUGGACUCCUGAUAAUGUAGAAAUGCUAUUGAUAUUGGAUUGAUUUGGGUAUUGCAGGAAUAUGUAAUAAAUUACAUAAUUCUUACGAAAAGAAUUACUU